AUAGGAACGCGCGUUUCGGGGGACGUCGCGAAUUUUGAAACGCUUGCUGAACAAAACAUUGGAUAAAUCCUAGCGUCAAAAUUACCUCCUUUCUCCGUCUCAGUUGUGCAGAGAUGGAUGAAGAGGAGAGCACGGAGAGACAGAUGCAGAUCGCCAUGCUGUGUCAGCGGCUGGCCAAGAUGAAGAAGUUAUACAACGAUGAUGAUACAGAUUACAUCAAUCAGGCCAUCAGCUCAAACUCACCCGACACCUGCCGGACGCUUCUGACCAAUCUGGAGAGGAAAGGCAAUCCUCAAACGGAUCCCAGCCUGCUCACUAAACUCAUCGACUGCUACACGCGUGUCUUUUCCAGCAUGCCGUUGGGCAAGUACAGUCAGAUAGAGAGCUACGCCAAGAUGCUGGUCAGAUUUGCAGAGUUGAAAACCAUCCAAGAUGUAAAUGAUGCACAGGCUAGUUUUGACAUAGCGAGAUCGCACUGUAAGGAUUUUGCCUUUGUUCACAUUGCUUAUGCUCAGUUUGAGCUUUUGCAAGGCAACUUUAAGAAAUGCACUUUGAUUCUUCAGAAGGCUUUUGAAAUGAAUGCUAAACCCAGGCGCGUUCUGGAGGCUGCCGUGAGGAAUCUAAACGCAGGCAAACGCCAGCUCCUCUCGCAUGAAGAUAAGGAGAACAUUUCAGUGUCUGCACAUGACGAUGCACACGAGUCUGUGAGAAGCAGCUCCAGAAGAUCAGACGGAACAUGUGACCUGCAGACCAGCAGCACUUUUCACCAGGGGAGGGAUCAGAAGUUCAGUCCACAAGAUGAGAACAUGCCUGUGUGGAGAGCAGGGUCACAACAAAGAAGAAGAAUAGCCAUGGCAGAAAGAGUUCCCAUGGUGCCUCUCUCUAUCCCUGAAAACGAGAGCAGUGAUUCUGACGGUGCUCAGAAACCAGAAGCUCCUGCUGCACACGGCGGUGCUUUCUCCAGGCAAACAAGUGGUUCAAAUGUCCGCUCCACAUUCCCAAUGUGUUCCUCAAAGAAAGGCACUCCAGACGGGGACUCCUACAGUCUAUUAAACCUGAAGCCUCCCGUGAUCAGUCCAGAUCAUCUGAGGGGAAACACUGAAGAGGGCGACACCAUCACAGCACUCCUACAAAGAGCAGAAAGAAAAGAAACGGCUAGAAUGGAAGAAACCACUGACAUCAACCAGCUCAUCAGCACAAACUCUCCUGAAAGUUGUCAGAUCUUCCUGAAAAACCUGCAGAAGAGAGGAGACCCUGGUUCAGACCCGGCGUUUCUUUCCAAACUCCUGGACUGCUACUCUAAAGUGUUUGCCAGGUUUCCUUUGGCAAAGCAUUGCAAAACGGAAAGCUAUGCUCGAAUGCUAGUGAGAUAUGCAGAGCUGAAAGGGAUUGAAGAUCCAGAAGACGCUCCGGAUCAUUUCAGUAUUGCCAGAUCGCACUGCAAAGCUUUUGCUUUUGUGCAUAUCGCCCAUGCUCAGUUUGAGCUCUCGCAAGGUAACUCGAGGAAGAGUAAUUUGAUUCUGCAGAAAGCGCUGAGCUCAAACGCACGGCCGGUUGAACUGCUGCAGACCGCCACCAGAAAUCUCAACUCUGGUAAAACUCAUCUGCUUCCGGCUGAGCACGAAGAGAACGCUGCAGUUUUCAGUGUAAUCGCUCUCGCUAGAGAUCUGUCUGUCUCUGAUCUACAGUCCACUGCAGUCGAGUGGUCCACCCCCGUCUCCGCUUUCUCAAACGAGUCCAUCACAAUCAAGGGCAAACAGUUCUUCAUUUUCAAGAUGAUCGGCCGCGGCGGGUCCAGUAAGGUGUAUCAGGUGUUUGACCAUAAGAAGCACGUGUAUGCUUUGAAGUAUGUGAAUCUAGAGGAGGCCGACGCUCAGGCUGUGGAAAGCUACAAGAAUGAGAUCGAGCACUUGAAUCAUCUUCAACAGUACAGCGAUCAGAUCAUUAAACUCUAUGACUAUGAGAUCACCAGCAGCUGCAUCUACAUGCUGAUGGAGUGCGGUCACCUGGAUCUCAACACCUGGCUGCGCAACCGCAAGUCCGUCAACCCUCUGGACAGGAAGUGCUACUGGAGGAACAUGCUGGAGGCUGUGCACACCAUCCACAGACACGGCAUCAUCCACAGUGAUUUAAAGCCAGCUAAUUUUGUGAUUGUGGAUGCUUCGCUGAAACUGAUCGAUUUUGGGAUCGCUAACCGUAUUCAGCCUGACGUGACCAGCAUCAUGAAGGACUCGCAGGUGGGGACUCUGAACUACAUGCCACCAGAGGCCAUCAAAGACACGUCCUCAAAUGGGAAGCCAGGGUCAAAGAUCAGUGCUAAAGGCGACGUGUGGUCUCUGGGAUGUAUCCUGUACUGCAUGACUUAUGGAAAGACUCCGUUCCAGAACAUCACCAAUCAGAUCAGCAAAAUCCAUGCCAUUAUAGACCCGACCCACGAGAUCGACUUCCCCGAUAUCCCAGAGAAGGACCUGCUCGAUGUGCUGAAGAGGUGUUUAGUUCGCAAUCCUAGAGAGAGGAUUUCCAUAGCAGAGCUCCUCGAUCAUCCGUACCUGCAGCUGCAACCUGCACCGGAGCCAGCAGAAGCGUGUGCCGGUGAUUUAAAGAAGAUCCUCAAUGAACUGGCGGCUCUUCAGUCUCCCAACAGCAUCGCCAGAGCUGCUAGUAACCUGGCCAAGAUGUGCAACAGCGGGAGGAAGUUAGAUGUUUCUGAAUGUGUGAAAACGUCCAGUCAGACGCUGUGGAAAUGACGAUGAAGCCUGCAGGACUCCAAACCACUCUUCCUGAACGCUCAGGAGCCGCCGAGACAAAUGUCUCGCACCUUAAACAAGCUGUCAGUCAAAACCGCGUUCACUAGCUGCUAUAGCGCUUCACACUUCCCUCGAGACGUGUUAAACACAUUCAUGUUUGUCCGUUUCUUCCUAACCGUUUCUGAUUUGAUUUGACUACAUGAUGUGAGCUAAGAAAGUGUACAUGACAAAUAAACACACCUUGUCAGGUAUAUUCCAAAUGUAGUAUUCUUUUGUUACAUAUAAUGCUGUUUU